AUGAAGCGCAAGUUGGACCAAAACGACGAGCCGUCGCCUCAACAACUACAACCAAAAGAAACCCGCGAGGAGCAGCCAAAGGAACAACAAAAACCUACAACAGCCGAACCUUCUUUUGCCGACCUGGGUCUUGACCCUCGCCUAGUCCAGGCGGUUGCGAAGCAAAACUUCGAGAAGCCGACUCUCGUCCAGCAGAAAGCAAUUCCAUUGGCCCUCCAAGGCCAAGAUGUACUGUGCAAGGCCAGCACCGGCUCGGGCAAGACGGCCGUCUACGUCCUGCCCCUGCUGUCGGGGAUUCUGAAGCGCAAGAGCACUGACGCGACCCCUUUCACCGCCGCCCUUAUUCUUGCGCCGACGCGCGAGCUUGCCGACCAGGUCUUCAAGGUUAUCGAGCAGUUCUCGGCCUUUUGCUCCAAAGACAUCCAUGCUGCAAAACUGACCGAGAAUGUCUCGGACGCCGUCCAACGGUCGCUCUUGUCCAAUGUCCCUGACAUUGUCGUCUCGACGCCCGCCCGCGCGUGGCACAACAUCAAUUCGUCGGCCCUCUCGGUGGACAAGCUGCAGUACCUGGUUCUGGACGAGGCAGAUCUUGUUUUGUCGUACGGCUACAACGAGGACAUGGAGAACAUAUCGCGCUCUCUUCCCAAGGGAGUGCAAACAAUCAUGAUGAGUGCGACUCUUUCAGCCGAGUUGGACACCCUAAAAGGCAUAUUCUGCCGCAACCCGACUCUGCUGGAUGUGAAGGAGGAGCUGGGCGAUGAGGAUGAGAAACUCGCCCAGUUCUACGUAAAGUGUGCCGAAGACGACAAGUGGCUGCUUUCGUAUCUGAUAUUCAAGCUCCAGCUGAUCAAGGGGCCGUGUCUCAUAUUCGUUGCCGAUAUUGAUCGGGCCUACCGUCUGAAGCUGUUCUUUGAGCAGUUCAGCAUCAGGAGUUGUAUUUUGAACUCUGAACUGCCGUUAAAUUCCCGAAUCAAAGUCAUUGAGGAGUUCAAUCGCGGUAUUUACGACAUUAUUAUUGCGUCUGAUGAGAAGAGCGAGGUCUUUGGAGACUUGGCAAUUGGCGAGGACGGAAAAUCAAAGGAUAUAAAGCCCGAAGCAGAGAAGAAAGACGGCGAUGCUGCCGAGAAGGAGUCCGAGAAGUCGAAGAAGAAGCGGAAGACGCAGAAACGCGACGCCGAGUAUGGCGUGUCUCGAGGCGUUGACUUCAGAAACGUUGCGGCCGUGAUCAACUUUGAUCUGCCCACAUCGGCAUCCUCUUACAUCCACCGUAUAGGGCGCACCGCAAGGGCUGGACGUACCGGCAUGGCACUUUCAUUUGUCAUUCCGAGCGACCAGUUUGGAAAGCACAAGCCGACUUCCCUGAAGAGCACAGAACACGACGAGAAGAUCCUCGCCAGAAUCAUAAGGCAACAGGCCAAACUCAACAGAAAAGUGGAGCCAUAUAAUUUCAGCAAGACCCAGAUGGAUGCGUUUCGGUAUCGGAUGAACGAUGCGCUACGGGCGGUUACAAAGGUGGCAAUCCGAGAAGCACGGACUAGAGAGCUGAGACAGGAGCUUCUCAGGAGCGAGACACUGAAGCGGUACUUCGAGGAGAACCCUGCAGAGCUUGCCCAUCUCAGACACGAUGGUGAACUUGGCCGGACAACGAGACAGCAGCCCCAUCUGAAGCACGUGCCCGAUUAUCUUUUGCCCAAUGGCGGGCAGAAAGCUCUCACCUCAAAUCAGAUCGGCUUCGUGCCCUUCAAAAAGGAGGGCAAGGACAAGGGGCACAAGAGGAACAAGCCAAAGGGACGCUCGUUCAAGGUUGGCAGCGGUCGGAAGAGGGAUCCUCUCAAGACGUUCAAGGUUCGGCGCAAGGCAAAAUGAGUACGGUAGAAUAAGUAUAUAUUGUUUUGGUAGUACAAACAUCGCCUUGGGGGCUAAUUACAGUAU